CGAAAAUAGUUAAUGUGGUGGCAGUGACAGUAAAGCGAGGACGUGCGUGUGUUUGUCUCAUCGUAAAAUGCUGCCUCGGAAAAAUCUACUAGUCCGCUGAUAAUGUUUUAAGUGCCUACAGCUAAAACGCGAAUUAUUCGUCGCACAAUUAACUUAGAUCAGCACAAAAUUAUCGAACGCGUUCACGUGUUAAAUAAGCAUGGAUGAGGCUUUCGCGCAUAUCGAGGGGAAUGGGAAGAAAAACUGCAAGAGGGAUAUGGUUCCCCCGGAUGGUGGCUGGGGCUACGUUGUGUGUCUCGGCGUAGGAUUUACUUUUAUGUUAGGUUUUGGAUCAUCGAACGCGUUUGGUAUUUUAUUUCACAAUUUUUUCAUCGAGCAAGGCAGUGCGAGUGGCCUUCCUCUAGUCAUUGGGGUAUACAAUGGAGCUCUGUCGAUAUCAGGAUUCCUGAGUGGCAUAGCUCUAAAGAGGUAUUCCUUCAGACAAGUGGGCUUAAUCGGAGCUGGACUCUUCGUGCUGGGAGAUGUCUUGACUAUUUUCGUACAGCGCACCUAUCAGCUUGUUUUCACGUUCGGGGUCAUUAGAGGAGCCGGAUUCGGCAUGAUGAUUCCCGUUAGCUUCACAGCAUUCAAUUGUUAUUUCACAAAAAGACGGACAGCCAUGAUGAGCGCCAACCAGACCAUGAGCAGCAUAGCUUCCAUCACCUUCCCCAUCCUGGUCACGUACCUGCUGGCGGAGUACGGGCUCCGGUGGACCCUGGCGCUCAUCAUGGCCCUGGAUUUGCAUCUAGUCUUCGCCAUGCUGGUCAUGCAUCCAGUUCAGUGGCACAUGAUUAAAAACACGGAGGCUAGCAUAACAGAGUUUAAGUCAAAGUGCGAUGUCCUUAAUGUUUCCAAAAUAAAUUAUGAAAAUGACGAGGCAAUCGUAAAAAUGUUGCCAGCAGAUGACAGUGAAGAAAAGGAGAAGCUACCAAAGCGUCAUGAGUCGAUACAGAAAAGUAUAAUAAAAAUGAUCUGCGAAAACGUCGAAGUAGAUUUAUUAAAAGAUCCUCGUUUCGUGAGUACGUUAUUGGGCUUGGGGUUCGCAUUCGUCUCGGAUAUAACCUACCUGGCUAUGGAACCCAUGCUACUCUUUUCUUAUGGAUUCAGCAAGAUGGAAGUAGCAACAUGCGUGAUGGCGGGCGCCAUUGCCGAUUUACUAGCAAGGUUCCUUCUUGCCGUAAUCACCUUCUUCGUUGCUGUAGACAGCAGAAAGCUAUUUUUUGGUGGCACUUGCAUAACGAUAUUACUGCGAAUUGCGUUGGUGAGCGGUAGCGAUCUCUGGUGGGUGUUCAGCGUGACGGUGGCGUCGGGCGUGGUGCGCUGCUCCGUACAGGUGCUGUUCCCGCUGGUGCUGGCCACCGCCGCGCCCCCCGACCGCUUCCCCGCCGCUCUUGGCCUGCACAUCAUCUUCUCCGGCGUGCUGAUGCUCAUGGCGGAUCCUUUAAUCGGUGUAAUCUAUGAAGCAACGGGAAGCUACAGCUACUGUUUCUUCGCAAUGAGUUUCUGUUGCCUGCUCUGCGUUGUGCUGUGGUCCAUUGAGUAUAUCAUUUAUCGCAAAGAUAAACGAUGAUUAAUGUAAGAGUGCCUUCUAAUUCGACUGAGACAAAUAAGUUAUAGCUAUAAUAUUUAUGAAAGACUUAAAAUUAAGAUUUAAGAUAGGUAGGAGUACUUAGGCAGAAGUUAGAGU